AUGCUUUUUCUCAAUUUGCCGCUGGAGAUCAGGCACGGAAUCUACCGAUGGGUUAUCUGCUCCGCUACCAAACCAGCUCCUUCUGUUGCCUGGGAUCGAAAUCGUCGGACACUACCCGAUGGCAACAGAAUGACCCGGGGGAUUUUUCACCGCACGCCCGAUAACCCUGCUCUCUCUCUUCUUCGGGUAAAUAAACAGGUCAACGAGGAAGUCAGGAACUUUCUCUUGUAUAUCCCCUCCAAUUACCACGUCGACAUCAUGUGCGUUAAGGAGUCUGGUCUCUGGCCUACUUGGUCAUUUCCACCGCCUCUACCUGGAAAGGGAAGCCUUUCCGCACCCACACAGUACAUUGACUCCGUGUACGCGACAUUCCGAAUAUUCAACCCGCCCAAGUCAGUGAGGAGCUAUUUUCGGAAUAGAUUGGCAUUUAGCUUUAGCUUCGGGUUAGUAGAUGCCGUUCUUGAUGGGUUCUACGGGCUGCUAGAAGCGUUCUUCCAUCGUGGACCUGGUUUUAUGGACGGCAGCCUCCCUGAAAACGAUAUGGGCGUCACCCCUAGAUAUGUCGUCAAGGAUAUCAUUAUCGAUAUCAUGGCACCUCUGGAUGCCUCGAAGCAUAGGAGUAUUAUCAUUGACGAUCUGCAUUACGCGCCCGACCGCCACACACACGGCCGCUACGCAUCACGGUAUGCGGGGCAUGACGACGUGUCGGUGGCGCCGGAAGAGCGUCUGGCAGCGCACAUGACCAGUCAUUUGGACAUGCUUUUGUCGUUUACUCCAAAGUUGCUGAAUAGGAGUAUGCUUGUUUAUGAGCAGAUGUCCGGCUCGUUCGUUUUCAUGAUAUGCGGGAAAGAGUAUAAGAGGGUCGAGAUAGAAGCGUGCCUGCAGAGGUUGGAGGAGGUUUAUCUGGGCCCGGAUGGUGAACCCGAUUUAGAUCACAGGGAAAGAUUCAAGAGAUGGAAGAGAUGGGUUGAUGAGAGGCGGGGGAGGAUGAAGGAGGGUCUUGAUCUGAGUACUCAUCGGCCUGUUCAAGAGCUGAAUGGGUAG